GGAGCCAGCCUUAGCCUAGCCUAGCCUAGCCUAGCCAAAGCCUGAAGCCCGAAGCCACGCAAAACGAAGCGCGAGAGCCCAAGGAUGGCUACGGCGGCCACCAACCCUUACAGCAUCCUCAACUCCGGCGCUUUGGUCCAUGCGGACUCGGUGGCGAUGCAGCAAGGCGGCCCAUUCCGCAACCCGCAGAAACUUCUGCAAAGUGACUAUUUGCAAGGGGUGGCCGGCAACGGGCAUCCGCUGGGCCAUCACUGGGUCACCAGCUUGAGCGACGCGGGGCCAUGGGCGGCGGCUCUGAGCGGCGGUGGCGGCGGAGGAGGUGGUGGAGGAGGAGGAGGUGGUGGUGGUGGAAGCUCCCUGGACCAGCCCGACGUGAAACCCGGGCGAGAAGACUUGCAGCUGGGCGCCAUCCUGCACCACCGCUCGCCCCAUCACGUCAGCCAUCACUCCCCGCACCAUGCCAGCCACCCCAACGCUUGGGGAGCCACCCCGGCUCACGGCUCGGCUUUGCCGGUCAGCGGAGGCCAACCCCCGCCGCCUCCGCCGCCGCUCAACGUUUACUCGCAGGCCGGCUUCACCGUCAGCGGCAUGCUGGACCACGGCGGGGGUUUAACGCCUCCACCCGCCGCUGCGCCUCCUCCUCCUCCUCCUCCUCCUCUUCCUCCUCCGGGGCUUCACCCGGUGCUGCGGGAUUCCCCGGCGGAGCCCACCGAGUUGGCUUCCCAUCACUGCCCGGAGCAUUCGGACGAAGAGACGCCCACCUCGGACGAGCUGGAGCAGUUCGCCAAGCAGUUUAAGCAACGCCGGAUCAAGCUGGGCUUCACCCAGGCCGACGUGGGGCUGGCGCUGGGCACCCUCUACGGCAACGUCUUCUCGCAGACCACCAUCUGCCGCUUCGAGGCCCUCCAGCUGAGCUUCAAGAACAUGUGCAAGCUGAAGCCGCUGCUGAACAAGUGGCUGGAGGAGGCCGACUCGUCCACCGGCAGCCCCACCAGCAUCGACAAGAUCGCGGCGCAGGGCCGCAAGCGCAAGAAGCGGACUUCCAUCGAGGUCAGCGUCAAAGGGGUCUUGGAGACCCACUUCUUGAAAUGCCCCAAGCCGGCCGCUCAGGAGAUCUCCUCGCUGGCCGACAGCCUGCAGCUGGAGAAGGAGGUGGUGCGCGUCUGGUUCUGCAACCGGCGGCAGAAAGAGAAGCGCAUGACGCCGCCGGGCGAGCCGCCGCAACCCCACGAAGUCUACGCGCACGGCGGCAAAACGGACGCCUCGUGUCACGACCUUUGACUGUGACCCACCCGCUCAGGACCCGGGGAACGGCGCACCCAGCCGGACGGGCGCGCGGGCGGGCGGGGGUUGA